UCUUUACUCUUUACGCCAAUAUGCAAAAGUGAGAGUAGGAUAGUAAACAAAACACAAGUGAAAUGUGAAUAAACUUUAUUUAGAAUUCCAAUAAAUUGCUAACAUCAACAUAAAUCCAAUUAACAAAAUAAUUAUUACAAAGAAGCAGUUUCACAUUUGCUAUACAGACACUCUUCAGCCAUGGAUCCAACUAUUUCGGUUUCGAAAGGCUGCUUCGUCUUUAAGAAUGGAGCUACUCGUGCGGAUAAAACUAAAAAGUCAACAAAGCGUAAAAAAGCCAGUGCAAAUAAUACCAGCAUAUUGGGCAAAGAAAUUACCGAUCAACCUUUUUAUGCAGUCUAUGCCGAAACUUGGAGUAAGAUACAAAGGCACAUAGAAACUUUGCAAAAAGAGAGUAGUGCCAAGACGUUACAGGAUUUGGUAGAUUAUGUAGUAAAACAAAGUAAAUUCGAGGAAAGUUAUUUGGGCUUGGAUGAAAUAGUGCCAGCUGCCGCCCUAUUGACUGGCAUUAAUCAGCCAGACCAUUUGGAGCAGUUCGAUAACUUGAGUCAACGAAUCAGUGAGCGAAUUUCAGCCAGUAUAUGUGUGCUACAAUCUCGUGAUUGUUCCUCAUUGAAGGCUGCCGUUGAGACUUUGGUUUACAAUUUUAUUGAAUCUCCUCAAGAGGAUGAUGAAGAUCGUGAUAAUAAGCGUUUGCGCAAGUCCCACUGCACCAUGAAACAGUUGAAAAGUUGGUAUCGCAACAAUUGGCCUAUGCUGAGGCGAAAUAAGGUCUCAAAGAAAGAUCAAAAUGAAGAGGAUUCUUCAUCGGAGUCUGAGGAAAGUCAAAGCACUGUGUCGUCAACAGCAAAUGGCGGUGAUGAAUCUCGACACAUGCUUAUAGUUAUAUUACCCGAUUUUGAAUGUUUCAAUUCGGCAAUACUACAAGAUCUAAUACUUAUUCUAAGCUCCAAUUGUACAGAUCUUCCUUUCGUGUUAAUUUUGGGUAUAGCCACUUCUAUAGCAUCGGUGCAUAAUGCUCUGCCAUAUCAUGUUACAUCGAAAAUAAAACUAAAAGUAUUUCAAACUCAGUCGGCCCCCGUAGGCCUUAAUGAGAUUCUUGAGAAAGUUAUAUUGUCCCCAAGAUAUGCCUUCCAUCUUUCUGGAAAGGCUUUUAAAUUUCUUACACAUAUCUUUUUGUAUUACGACUUUUCCAUAAAUGGAUUCAUACAAGGCUUCAAGUAUUGUUUCAUGGAGCAUUUCUUUCAAGGUAAUGCUUACUCGCUUUGCUGCAACUAUUCCUCAUCGUUAACCAAAAUAAAAGCCAUGACCCAUGAGGAUAUGGAAGUUAUACGCAAACAAUUAUCCUUCCGUCCCUAUGUGGAGGGUAUAAACGAUUGCAAACGCAUUAUUGCAAUAUUGACUGAUGAUAAUUACCUAAAAAAGAAGCUGCCAAGCCUAUUGCGUGAUUGUCAUGUCUACUUUAUGACAUUGCGUAUAUUUUUGGAAUUUCUUACUGUUUUAGUGGAGGAUUUGCCUAAAUGUCCUUUGGGUAAAUUUCGCAGGGAAUUAUAUGCCACUUGUAUGGCAAAAGAUAUCUGUUCUCUGCCAGAGUUUAGAGAAUGUUGGAAAGUUUUGGCAUUUAUGUCCAAAAAUGAGUUUGUGGCAAAAAUAUCCAGAGCUAUUAAGGCUACACAAGAAUUCUGUAAUCAAGAAGUUAAGGCAGAACUGGAGCUAGCAGAAGAUUGUGAGCAAAUUGUAAUGGAAAAAUUGCAUCAAGUCAAAGAAUUAUUAACGAAUGUUGUGAUGGCCGGUACCGAGUCCAUAAAGACUAAAGAUCAAGCUAAAGCCAGCUCCCCGGAUGAACUAAAACAAUUGUCUUCGAGGCAGGAUUUGAAAGAUAAACUUAUGCAAAUGUCCAAACAACAAAAACCAGUAUCAGAUUUUUCCAAAUCUGUGCACGAAACACUGGACUAUAUUGAAAAACAUAUUGUGGCAAUGCAUUUGGGUCCCUUGCAAAAGGCUCCAGCUUUGCAUGAAUUAUUUGUAUUUUCUGAUAUAUCAACGGUAAGGCGCAAUAUUAUAGGUGCUCCACGAGCUGCUUUACACAUGGCCCUCAAUAAUCCUCAUUUUUAUCUACAAUGUAAAUGUUGUCCUCUACGAGAACAUUCACAAUUACUGGCUACUUUACCAGAUAUCUCAGUAAUGUAUAAAUUACAUUUGGAAUGUGGUCGUAUGAUUAAUCUUUAUGAUUGGUUGCAAGCUUUUCGAUCGGUUGUAGACUUUACCGAAGAUGAUCAGGAACAAAUUGAUCCACAGAUACAAGCUCGUUUUACCCGUGCUGUUGCAGAAUUGCAAUUCCUGGGAUAUAUAAAAAUGUCUAAGCGAAAAACUGAUCAUGCCACUCGUUUAACCUGGUAGAGGGCAAGAAGAAAUUUUUUUGGAACAAAUUUUUUUGAUCUGUUUUAUAUAAAUUGUUUUUAUUUAUCAAUACGAAUUGAUUUUGAAUAAAAAAUAUUUAUGAUAAAAAAUAG